AUGUAAUUUAACACUUUUCAUAAUUAUAAUUAAGUGUAAGAAGGCUAUGCGCUUGGUAGAACAUUCUAAAAUGAUUCAAUUAACUAUCCAAACGAGGUACAACCAUUCUAUUAAUUUUAAAAUGAACUUGAAAAUGGGUACAAUCAAAUUGAUUAUGCUAUAAGACCAUAAAUUCAUGAUUACCCCAGCUUUUUACCUUAAAACUAUCAAAUAAGUCCAAAUGGCCAACCUAUAGAACAAAGAAGUUUCUUAGAAUUGGAACCAACAAUCGCAGUGAGUAAUAUCUAUGAUGCUUUUAAUCCUUUUGAAAGCCCUAAUUAUAUGGGCGAUCAUUUGGAAUUUAAUGAAUAAGGUAGAAAUAAUGAAAUAAAUGAUAAAUUUAAUAUCGCCUUAAUGUAAGAACAAUAAAGAAAUUUAUAAUAAAUUUAAACUACUCACAACUAAAACUCGUAUUAAUAACCCUUAUAAGAAAAUUCAUUUACUACCAUGCAAACUUAAUUAAGAAAUCAUAUUGCAGCUGAUAUUUAUCAAAAUAAAGAGUCUCAAAUUGCUAAUAACUAAUAAUAGACAACUCAAAAUUUUUAUUAAUCUUACUAAGUUAUUAAUAAAUAAAUAAAUUCUUAACAAUAAAAUGAAGUGUAAGUGGUAGGAAAAGAGAGUGCUAAAUGUGAAAAGAAACUUGAAAGAAAGCCAUCUAAUAAAAUAUACACUUAACUUAAAUAUAAGGAAGACGAAACUAAAAAUCUGCUUAGAAAUUAUGGUGAUUAAUUAAAGAAAGAGAUAAAAUAAAUGAGCUUAGAAAAGAAAGAUGAUUCACUUUGGAUUGAAUAAAUUUUAGAUAAUUAUAUGGAUAAAAAAAAUAUAGACAAUCAAAACAAAUUCAGAGAGAACUUUAUAUUAAAAUACAAAGAUUUCAGCUUUUCUAAUUUCUAAGUAGUGAGAGAAGAAUGGACUGUAUCCCCAAACUAACAUGAUUAUCAUUUAAAAAAUGUGUAUAGAUAAGUGUGCUUCCACUUCUUUACUAAAUAGCCUUUGCGAUAUAUUUACAAAAACUCAAAUAAAAUUAACAAUAAAAAUCAAAGAUUUACCCAUUUAUACUAUUUGAAAGUAUUUAUUCAAGGAAUAUUAGAUCCCAAGAAGUUUUAGAAAUUCAAAGACAGCAAAAAAAGCAAAAAGGAUUAAACAAAGGACUCAUAAAAAAACAAUUAAGAUUGA